AUGAAGCUGUCACCUGUCAAUUUGGAUAAGCUUAUUAACGACUUCGGCAAAAUAGAACAAAAACUGACAGAACUUAAGGGCAAAAGCAACAUCGUUGAAAUUAAAUUGGAAGAAACGAACAGGCUACUGAGGUUCAGUCAGAGCAAGGAAAAAUGUUUAAUUGAAGAGAGAGACAGACUAUUAGAUACUGUCAGCGGACUCCAGCAGACUUUACAACAGCAAUGUGAUCUCAGAGCUGAAAAUGAUAAGCUGAAAAUUGCACUUCUUGACAUGAAGAAACAGACUGAAGGUCAAAGAGAGGAGAGCACUGCAGAGAUGACGAGACUGAAGGAAGAGCUGAAGACUUUAAGAGAGCACCACAAGAGGGAGCUAUACGACCGUGACGUGGAGACACAAAGGAAACUGGCAGCUAAAGAUUUAGAACUAAAGAAGGCUCUUGACAUGAAGGCGAGCGUUUUGGAGGAGAUGAGAAAGAAAAUUAGUGAAACGGAAAGAGAAAAACACAGCGAAAUACUAAAACUUCAAAUGGAGUUUGGUGCUAAACUAGCAAGAGCACAGAGCAUGAAAGGACCAACCCAGCAGUCACAGGGUUCCUGCCCCCUUCCUCAAAACGUAUUUAAAAGAAAGUUGCAGUUCAUUCAGGAGGAGAAAAACAAAGAGAUUGAGGCAUUACGCCAAAGGGUGAAAGAGCUUGAGCAGCAGGCUCUUAAUGGUCUCGCAAGCUCCCAUUCGAAAAGGAGAAAGAUUUAA